AUGGCUGAGGAAAAUGCGAUCAAAAAUACGAUCCUUUCCAAUGAGUUCGUCGUCGACUGGGAAGGGUUUGACGACCCCGCGGAACCCUUGAAUUGGCCUUCAGGGCGCAAAGCGAUCAACAUCAUACUUCUCUCUUGCUUAACGUUUGUCACGCCUCUCGCAUCGUCCAUGUUCGCGCCAGGCAUACCGAGGGUGAUGCGAGACUUCCAAAGCGACAGCGCCAUUCUCGCCUCGUUCGUGGUCUCCGUCUACCUGAUCGGGUAUGCCGCGGGUCCCUUGAUUUGCGCGCCUCUGUCUGAACUAUACGGGCGGGUUCCCAUAUAUCACAUCACAAAUGUGCUGUUUAUCAUCUUCACCAUCGCCUGUGCGGUCGCGCCCUCGCUCGACAGUUUGGUUGGGUUCCGAUUUCUGGCUGGCACGGCCGGAUCAGCACCCCUCGUGCUCGGGGGUGGGAGUGUGGCGGACUUGUAUCGACGAGAAGAACGAGGACCCGUUGCGGGCGCCUUCCUGGCGCAAAACGUGGGCUGGCGUUGGAUAUUCUGGGUGAUCACGAUCGCCGCUGGAGUGGUUACCAUGGCCUGUCUUCUCUUCAUGAAAGAGACUUAUAGCCCAGUCCUCCUCGAGCGCAAGGCCGCCCGACUGCGAAAAUCACGCGGGAACACACAGUACCAAUCCAAAUUGUCCACGGGCGAUUCUCCAGGCACGGCUUUUGCGAAAGCCCUAAUCCGUCCAACGAAGAUGUUCUUCCGAUCUUCCAUCGUGUUCCUAUUUGUGAUCUACGUUUCCAUCAUAUACGGAUAUCUCUACCUCCUGUUCACCACUAUUACCGAGGUCUACGAAGGUACCUAUGGCUUCUCGACGGGCCUGGCAGGUCUUUCAUACAUCGGAAUUGGAGUAGGCAUGUUCAUCGGGCUCGGCCUGUUCGGCGCGACCAGCGACCGGCGAAUCCGGAGAAAACAGGAAAAGCAUGGCGACACGACACCGGAGGUUCGGUUGGAGGGCUUGGUCCCCGCAGCGAUAUGCAUUCCUAUCGGCUUAUUCUGGUAUGGGUGGUCUGCAGAGAAGCAAAUUCAUUGGAUCAUGCCCAUUAUUGGCACAGCCUGGGUCGGCUUGGGCUUGAUUGGCAUUUUCAUGGCGGUACAGACUUAUCUAGUCGAUUGCUACCCCAUAUACGCAGCGUCUGUGACAGCCGCAAAUACCGUCGUGCGAUCACUCGUGGGCGCCUUUCUCCCUCUGGCUGGGCGUCCGUUGUACUCCGACCUGGGAUUGGGAUGGGGGAACUCCUUGUUGGCAUUCAUUGCACUGGCCAUGGUGCCUUUGCCGCUGAUUUUCAUGCGUUAUGGUGCUUGGUUAAGGACCCACCCUCGAUUUCAGGUCAGCCUUUGA